GCCUCGCAGCCCGCAGCCCUCACUCGGAGAGGCAGCGAGGGCUGGGGAGGCAGGAAGGAAGGAAGGAGAGAAGGAAGGAGAGAAGGAAGGAGAGAAGGAAGGUGUCUGUCCUGGGCACGCCAUGGCCGCCCGCACCGUGCCCCACGCCUACCCCAUGAGCUCCGAGUACGAGUUUGCCAACCCCAGCAAGAUCUACGACCAGAACUUUGGAGAAGGUCCCAAACUGCUCCUGUCUGCUGCUGCGGCCCCACUCCUCACAGCCGGGGUCUCCUCUGCAGGCGUGUCCCCGUCGGAGAUUUUGGCCCCUGCCCUGUACCACGGCUACUACAUCCGGCCCCGCAUCAACAAGCAGCUGGAGAGGGGCACCUCGGAGAUCUGCCUGAACCAGCACAAGUUCCAGGUGUUCCUGGACGUCUGCCAGUUCCUGCCCGACGAGCUCAGCGUGCGCACCGUGGACAACCUGCUGGAGGUGGCGGGGCAGCACCCGCAGAAGGCUGACCGCCACGGCUUCGUCUCCAGGGAGUUCACCAGGACCUACAUCCUGCCCCUGGACGUGGAUCCCCUGCUGGUCAGGGCCACCCUGUCCCACGAUGGCAUCCUGAGCAUCGUGGCUCCCCGGACAGGCAAGGAGGUGAAGGCCAGAGUCAACGAGGUGAAGAUAACCCAGCAGGAGCAGCCGGUGGGGCAGGAAGAACAGGCUGAGGAAGGAAAAGACAAGGAAAAAUCCUAAAGGCCGCAGAUCUGGGAAGGUGGGGGGGCCAGGGAUGGGGAAUCUGCAGUGCCAGACCCCUGUUUCUCACCAUCAGUGUUCAGCAGGGCCCUGAGGCAGCCACACUUCUGCUUCUCGAGGCUGAAGGCUGGGGACAAAAGGGACUUGGAACUGGAAAAAAGAGUGGGGCUGAAGUGUGAGUGUGAGUGACUGUCAUGCAAGUUUUCUCCUAGGUCAGGUGAGCAUGCAGGGAGCUCACUCCUACCCUCAGCUGUGAGGCUGUGUCUCAAGGGACUGAGCCUAGCCCAGAAGGGCACUGGGAAGAGAGGAAAGGGCAUCCCAGUGCCUGCUUUCUGAGCUGGGGGCUGAGAUUCGUGGCUGUGUGAGGUGGGUGUUGGUCUGUGAAAGUGCCUGCAGCAACCAGGAGGAGAGAGGAAUAAAUCUGCCUCUGCUCUUC